AUGGAUCUGAUCGAUCUAUCUGAGGGCAAAGUGGUCAGUAAACGAUGGGUCAUCGAUGAGAAAUUGGGUGAAGGUUCGUGUGCUACUGUAUAUAAAGUGCACGAUAUAAACGAUACUCGAGUGAAAGCUGCCCUCAAAGUUGAAGCACGUUCAGCUGAAAAUUAUGGUGUAUUGAAGAAGGAGGUAGCUGUCAUGAGAAAAUUACAAUGUCGAAAGCACACUGUUCGAGUAGUGUAUGCUGCACGUCGUGAAUAUUAUUCAUAUGUCGUAAUGUCACUUUUGGGACCAAAUUUAUUACAACUAAAAAAAGGGUGCAAAGUAAACACAUUUACUGCUGGAACAACGAAUCGGAUUGGAAUUCAUGCACUGUAUGCUAUAAAACAAUUACAUGAAAUCGGUUAUGUACAUCGAGAUAUCAAACCAGCAAAUAUGGUUAUCGGACGAUGUGGCUAUGAAGCACGUAUUAUUUAUUUAAUUGAUUAUGGUAUGGCACGAGAAUAUGCAAUUUGGGAAGAAGGUUAUGUACGAAUUAGGCGGAAGCGUGAACAUGUUCUUAUGAGGGGUACAACGAGAUAUUGUUCACCAGCAGUUCAUGCUCGAAUGGAGCAGGGAAGAAAGGAUGAUUUGUGGUCGUUAAUUUACGUCCUUGUUGAAUUACAUGCUGGAUUGCCGUGGCGUGGUAUCACUGAAAAAGAAGUGGGCAUAAUGAAGGAUAAAAUAACGGACGAAGUAUUGAUGGCGGAUUGUCCACCGGAAUGGAUUCAUAUAAUGAAGUACAUACGGACACUGACUUAUGAAUCAAGACCUGAUUACAAGAAAAUUUAUGAUUUGUUGAUGAGUUGCAUGAAGCGGCUCAGUGUUUCCUUUUCCGAUCCGUAUGAUUGGGAAAUUAAUUUUUCUUCAAAGUCGCUCCAAACCACAACCACGACCACAACUGCAAUAAGAGCGGCAGUCAUUGCAGAGGGAUCACCAAAUCCAAAAUUCAUCAAUAACAGACAGUUGUAUGACUUUCCGCCUACCACGGAUCCCAAAGAAUUCGAGUGUAAUGAUAUUGGGAUAUAA